CUCUCUGUCACACACACACACACACACACACAGAGAGAGAGAGAGAGAGAGAGAGAGAGAGAGAGGAGGCGGAAACCUCCAUCUGCCCUGCUCGGUGACCGACCCGUCAUCCUCGGGCUCCGGGAAGAAAAACGGAUCAUUUUCCGUCCAACACCGUGAGUGAGGACGGACCGGAGGAGGAACACCGGGAGGAUAAUGUGACAAGAGAUGGAAGGAGAGAAGAAAGAAGGAGGAAACGCACAAUGGAAGGAGUCUAUAGUCUAUAUAUAGGCUAUGCCCCGGACUGCACCACCGCCGCCGCCACCGCCGCCACCUGCCCUCCUGGUACCCGUCAAUGAGAGCCGGCAGCAGCUCGGUCUGAACAUCCUCGCCUCGUUCUCCCUCUCUCUCUCUCUCUCUCUCUCUCUCUCUCUCUCUCUCUCUCUCUCUCUUCCCCCCCCUUUCUCUCUCUCUCUAUCAUGCUCUCCUCACAUCCAUAUGUUAAAGAACACAGUCGUCUUAUUUUAGCAGCACUGCCUUCCUCCUCCUCUUCCUCCUCCUCUUCCUUCUCUCUUGCCCUCCUCUCCUCUGAGUUUUGACUCCCUCUCCCUUUCACACACACACACACACACACACACACACACACACACACACACACACACCGGAAAAUGAAGCGUGGGUCGAGUGUGUUGCAGCCUCCCUCUGAUGCAGCCAACCGACACACACACCCCGCGAGCGCACACACGAGGACACACACACGAGGUGAUGAGUGUGUGCCCGACACGCACGCUGAACGCACGCCGGACGCACGCGCCACAGGUUCGAGUCCCUUCCCAGCAGCCACCUCUCUCUUCAGCCCGGAUGUCAGCACCAAGAUGGCGUCCGACCUCCUCAUCAGGCUGUCAGAGGCCACCCAGAAGGCCCAGAUGCUUCCUGCGAGGCAAGCGGAGGUAGAGCCCCAGAGGCGCGAGGCCCUGCCGGAGGUGCGCGGCGGGCAGCAGGACGAGCCCGGCCUGGCUCUCUCACCGGACGGCCCCGGGGCGAGUCCCGAGCCUCCGUCGCUCUCACACACACCGGAUGGCAACGCUGCCACGGACACACUGGCCUCAGACAUGCUGAGGAAACUGGCAGAGCGGCAGGAAGUGAACAGCCUCGGGGUGAGGGUCAAAGAAGAGGAGGAGCCAAUGGAAGUCGACACGUUGGUUGUCUCCGACCUCGUCCGUGAUCGACCAAUCACAAAAGAGAUAAUGACCCCGCUCUCCUCAAUGGCGAGCCACCACCUCUUCAGUAUUAAAACAGAAGACCAGAGUCUCCGUGGCAACAAGACGGCAGAGCAGUUGCACCCUGGAGCCAAAAUGGCGGACCAGUGUCUCCAUGGCCUUAAAAUAGAGGACACAUUUUAUACUGGAGGCUGCCAGCCUGGCUCCAAGACGGCAGAUAGUGUCGUCUCUGGAGCCAACAAGUUUCAGUUUAGAGUGAAAAUGGAGGAUCAUGGCGUCUCCGGAACCAAGAUGGCGGAUCAGCUUCUAUCUGGAGCCAAGAUGGACGACCAGCUUCUCUUUAAAGCAAAAAUUGCAGAGCGGCCUUUGUCUGCCGCCAAGAUGAGCAACAAGUUUCUCUCCGGAGUCAAGAUGGAGGACCCGUUUCCUCCAGGAGCCAAGAUGGAGAACCAGCUUCUCUUUGGAACCAAAAUGGAGAACCGGCUCCUUCCUGGAGCCAAGAUGGUGGACCACGUUUUCUCAGGAGCAAAGACGGAGGAGCAGCUCUUCUUGGGAGCCAAGGUGGAAGACCAGUGCCUCAGAGCCGUGCUGUGGCAGGACAUGUCAGUGAACCUGGCGUCCACGCUGCUGCACCAGCUCUCAGAGAGAGUCAGUAAAUCCAACAGUCGGCUGGUGGAGAGGACCACUCCGCCCAUCAGAAGCAGUCCUGUGUUGAAGGUGAAUGUGGAUCCACUCCGCUCCUCCCCGCUUCUGAGCUCCCAGGAACCUCCACACGAAACCACAACCCGCCUCAGCAGAGAUCAAACCACAGGUUGCUCUUACUUCUACAGGUGUCAUGUGUGUGGGUUUGAGACAGAUGGGCGGGCCCUUUUCCAGAGUCACAUGACAGAACACCGCCAGUGGGAGCACGCCUCCUUCUCGCUGCACUGCUGCGUGUGCGACCACUCGACCAAUCAGGAGGCAGAGAUGAGGGCUCACGCCAACACGCACCUGCAGGGGAACAUAGGAGCCAGCGUAGAGAUGAGAUGCCCCAGCGCCCCUCCUGCCGCUGCCGCCUCCAGCAGCGCUCCGUCAGUUGCCAUGGCAACCCAGCCAGAGAAUAGCACCUCUGAGCAUCGCUGCCGCAUCUGCCAGAGGUCGUUUCCAGGGCAACAGGAGCUAUUGGUUCACUUCCAGGGUCAUCGCCAAGGCAACCAGUACCGGUGCGACCGGUGCGGCCACCUGACGCGGACAGCCAACAAGCUGGUGGAGCACGUGCGCGUGCACACGGGGGAGCGUCCGUUCACCUGCGACCUCUGCCCGUACAGCGCCAAGCGGCGGGACAGUCUGCGCCUGCACUGCAAGGUCAAACACCCCGGCGACGUGCACACGCACCGGUCGUACGUGCACGGAGACAAUCAGCGCUCAAACAAACACGUUCAGCGGCUGCACACACCGCCGAGCACACACACUGCUGCACCUUCCUCCUCCUCCUCCUCCCUCUCUUCCUCCUCUUCAUCCCUCGCUCUCUGACCGCGCAGGAUGGAGGGAUUUGUCUCCUCUCCUCCCCAUCACAACGCUCAUUUCUCUGAAACCACGCUCCCCUUCAUCCUCCUCCUCCUCCUCGUCUUCCUCCACCAAACACUCCUUUCUCGGUUACCUUGGUCUGACGACUUCUUUAUAAACGCUUUCUGUUUCUCCUCCUCCUUCUCUCUUCUCCUCGUCCUCUAUCUCCUCCCCUGUUCCUGUCUCCUUCCACCUCUUUUCCUCUCCGCCGUCUUUCUUUCCUCUACUCUCCUCCUCUCUUUGUCUUUUCUUCUCCUCUCCUCUCCCUCCUCUUCUUGAUUCCUUGCAUAUAUUUUGCCCUCCUUCUAUUUUACUCUGCUCUCUGUUUCCUCUCCUCCUCUUUCCUCUCCUCCUCCUCUUCUAUCCAUCCUCUGGACUUUUAAAGUGAUGGAUGUAAAGCUCUGUAAUGUAUCCAAGGUACUGUCACUCAAACACUAUGUAUGAGAAUGUCAAUCAGCUACUGUUAUGCUCAAUGCACUGAAAACACACAGAUAAGGAACGUUUUGAAUUUAUUCGAGUUUUUGCAUCAUGCUCGUGAUUUUUGCUGCAUUCCUGCCUGCUUUUAGUCGGUCAUAUAAUCACUGAACUCUUAGCUAUUUAACCGUGUGACAUAUUUAUUGCCUGUCUCUCUCGUCCUUCAGAAACCCCGCACUUAGAAAAUCCUCCCGUCACCAGAGGCUUCACUCCAUCGAUCACCUAUUGAUUCUGUUGAUUUAUAAUCGCAGGGAAAAUCACUGCUGAGAGAAAAGAUUAGCCCGGGUGGUGAGAAAGUUUCACCUGUUACAUAGUGCCACGCUUCUUACAGUGAUAAUAAAGCAGUUUAUAACCGGGGGUGACAGGUCAUUACCGUCCUGUUUUACAUGUUUUAAGGGUUUUUUUUUGUGCCAAACUUGAUUUCUUUUUCCUCUCUUUAAAUCCUGGAAAUGUAGUUGGAGCUCCAUCCAGCUUCACCGGGUUUAACAACUUCAAGUUAAAUGAUUUGAAAUCAGCUUUAUGGCAGUUAACCGAUUAAUCAUUGAUGAAAAAUGUCCAGAAAGUUGCUUAUUUCAUCCGUCCAAAACCAAAUAUUGUGUUUACUAUCAUAGAAGUGUCAGUAUUCACGUUUGAGAAGCUGGAACUGUUGAAUGUUUGCUUAGAAAAUGUUAUGAAUUCAUUAUUAAUCAAAAUCUGAUGGUUUACUCACUUUUCCGUUUUCUUCUGUUUUGAGGAUUUUUGCAGGUUGACGGUUUCUGGAGGACAGUGAUGAUAUUUCUAAUAUUUGUGUUGUAUAUUGAUAAUGUAUUUGUGUUUACAUAACUACAUGGGGCUCCUAAGAGUCUAAAAUGUCUUAAUUUAAAGUUGCACUAUAUGUAGUUUUGCUGAGACAAAAAAAGACUCAUUUUAGAAUACGUAAGCCUUUUUUUUGUUUUUUUAAACACUCGUCACAAAACCAGAAAGUUUAAAAAGCUUCUCUCCAGUGUUAUUUCACAACACACAGUAUGAUACAACUGAUCCAGGAGGUCGGCAGUGGGCGGGGCCAAAGACUGAACUUUUUAACAGCUAAAAUAUUUUAUUUAAUGCGUAUUAUUUAUUAUAUUACGGAGGCCGUGAGGUGUCAUGGAGGAAAAAUACUAGUUUAGUAAUUCGUGCUCUGGAUUUAAUAUCAUAUUGUUAAGAAGAAGAAGGGAAGAGGGACACAACACCGGUUAAAUGCAAAAGAAUAAACUGUAUGUACAAAAGAAGAAAGACUUAGAAGAAUAGAUUUGGGAUCACUGAGCAAAACAGUAACAGGACCCAUAAUGUAACUUAUAACUAUAUCAAACAUUCAGCUUCCUCUCUUGUAGAGUGGAAUAAAUAAAAUAAAUAAAAGUGCCACAGAGUAAAAAUACUCUAUUACAGGUAAAAGUCCUACCUAAAUAAAAUAAAUCUACUUACAGUAUCAAAAGUACAUGUUACUGCUGCAGCUGCUCUUAAUGGAGCUGGUUUGAAUUUCUUUACAUACAGUUAACUAGUUUAGUCUAGUGGUUCCCAACUGAGGGUUUGGGCCCCUCCAAAGGGUCACCAGAUAAAUCUGAGAGGUCGUAGGAUGAUUAAAAAAAAGUUUGGAUACACAAAUUAGUUUUUCCAGUUUUUGGACUUUUCUUUAAUCUUUGAUUUUUAUUUAACAAUAAUUUAAAGUGGAUAUAAAGUUGAGAAAGUUAGUUUGGAACUGAAACAUAACAAAGGGCCCCAACUAGACAGUAAGCCUUAAACAUAGUGUAUUUUAUAAACUAGAAGAAUAGAUAUAAAGUUGCAUUGAACGGAAAUACUCAAGUGAAGUACAAGUAACACAAAAUUGCAGUUAAGUUCAGUACUUGAAGACAUUUCUUCAAUAAAGUGACGGCAUUACUUACGUCCGUUAUCCUGUUAAUAAAUUUAAGGGAUUCCAAGAAAAAGAUGAAAUAAAACCGUAUUAAAUCCACAGUGAGUCUGGAGGAUACGUGUAUGAAGGUGGAAGGUUUAAUCAUAACAAUUAAUCUGUUUAUUUUUCUCCUUGACACCUCCCGGACUCCGUAUUUACACGGAGAAGCAGUGUAAUCUUUUUUUUUUACAUUGAAGCUCAUGCGUACAAUCUUUCACGUGUAACACGAAUGCAGCAUCAGCCCUGUGAGAUAACACGACCUUCGAUCAUCAGGAUACGCCACCGCCCUUUUUGUCCCGGCAUCGACGUGCGUCAACGCUCCAGAAACAUUAACACGUCAGUCGAUGCGACGCUCCACGAGUGGCGUCAACAGUGAUGUCACAGAGCACCGGAGUACACCUGUGUGUCACUGCAGCGAGCGGACAUGUUGAACAACUGGAGGUCAGCAAAGAGAGAGACUUUGUUUAAAAGUUUGGACCCUUUUGUUGGAGUGAAUGUUGCAUUACCUCUGCUGCACACUGAGGCAGGGAUAGAAGCUAGCUGGCUGAAGAAGAUCUUUUAAGUGUUCACGACGGGAAGAUUUAAUGGCGUCCGCACCAAGAACGAUAUCUACAACGAGAACUAUAAAGAUAUUGUUUUAAAACCCGUCCAGACUACAGCUGUAAGGCGAGCGAUAGCGUUGGGAUCACUUUAAACGCUUAUAUAACUUUAUUUUAGGCUGCAAAUUACACAUUAAAACAUAAUUUUACCUGAAAACAGCCGAACUGUCUUAGGUGAAAAAGGAUUAAUUCAGUACGAAUAAAAUGUGUCAUCAGAAGACGACAGCUCUCGUAAGUGUUGGAUUCUCCUAACCCCUCUCGUCUCUGAAGAACUUCGUGAACCCACUUUAUGUUUGUUUCUCUGUGUUGAGCAGUCGACACACUGGAGAGCAGCACGUUGGGUCACUGUUUACACGUUAUUGUUCUCGGUGUGGACGGCCAUUUACUCCCUCAUAUUAUCAAUAAUUAUUAGAUUAGUUGUUUUAUUUACUGUUUCAGUGACGAUGAUGAAAGGAUAUCACUACAGGGAAAAUAACUCAAACAUAACAUUGAUUUCUAAUUAAUUUUCUGUAUUUAUUACUUGUAUUGCUUGAUUUUAUGUGAUAUAUAUAUAUUGUGUAUUAUUAGUAGCUUACAAACCGCCAACCUCCUCGCUAACAAGCUAACGUUUAGCUCAAGUGAGCAGAAGAGCUAACGAUACGAUACACAAUACAGUUUGCACAUUAGAACAAAUAAAGGUUUAAUUAAAAUCUUUUUAUUGGUUUCUUUAUUGACGUAUGAGGUUUAAUCUAACUUAUUUAAUAAUAAUAAUAAUGAUAAAGUUGCACAGAGUAGCAGCUGAAGACGUGCAGUAGAGGUAAUCCUGAUCCUGGGAAACAAUCCGGUUUCAACUUCAACCUGAAACCACACGGAGCAGCUACAGUAGAAGAACCUGCACACGGGUUUCUAUAUGAAACGUAUCUCGGAUCAAUGGUGCUAGACUCUGCAGAGCCCGAGAGCUGAUGUAUUUCUGUUUCAUUUAAACCACAAAAACACACGAAGAAGCGUGAAACACAAAAACCUCGCCACCUUUUCGAAGCUCGUGACCAUCUCGGAUCUUCUCCCUCUCACAUUAUUUGCUUUAAUCUUUCCUUUUUAGUUUUUUUACUUUCAUUUUGUAUCUGCUGUAUCCUGUUACUGUUUGCUGCUGCAAUGAUCAAUAAAGUUUAAUUUAAUCUGA